CGCGCUACAAACUCGUCAAGUUCAGUGGAUAUCUAACAAGUGAAAGUGAUUUAGUGCUUAGAAGUUUCAACAGUCUAAGCAAAGGAUAUAACAAGGACCAAAGGCUCAGCAGUGUCCUGACAAAAAUGGAUUACCAGUGUUAACUACCAACAGGAUACUCCUGUGCGAAAAACUUAACAUAAAAGUGAACAUUUUCCAAAUACAAUGGCGAACAAAGUGAUUGCUUUAUCCUUGUGGCUGCUACUGAUCUCAUUUGUAUGGGCCGAAGAUGGAGACAUUAUAAUGAAAGAUGAGGAUGACGAGGAUAUAAACCCGCUGCUCCAAGCCGAACCGGAAACCGUCGAUAACGAGAGUGCUCGCAGCGAACGCCACAUUAGCUUGAACUUCCUCCAGGGCGCCCCGCCAGUUAGUGCGAGAUACACAUAUGGAGGCUCAGGAGGAGGCAGUGGAGGAUAUGGCGGCGGCAUUAAGACGUCAUAUUCUGGUGGUGCUGGUUUUGGAGGAGGAUUGCUAACCAAAACCUUGGGAGUAUUUGGCAUUGGAAAGGGAAGUCAGGGAAAUUUUUACGGAAGCGGAGGCCAGAUCCUGGCAGCCUUUGGAAAGUGUUCCGCCUUGCAGCUGCCCUCAAAUGUCCAAUCCGAGUGCCACAAUGGGCGCUGUAAGGUUUUCUGCCCCGCAGGCUAUAGCUUCGCUCAGGACAUACAGUACCUGGAGAUGUUCUGCAGCAAUGAUGGAUGGAUUGUGGCCAACUCUGCGUUCACGGAGGUGCCACCAUGCCAGGCUCAAUGUCAGCCUCGGUGCCAGAACAACGGCAUCUGCAUCUCGGCCGGAGUGUGCCAGUGCCCGGAGAAUUACUACGGCCCUGUGUGCCAGCAGAAGAAGUCCGUAUGUGCUUCAUUUCCAAAGGCGCCGAGGAACUCCAAAGUUUCCUGCAAGAAUAAUAUUUGCCAUGCCGAGUGCAUGCGGGGAUUCCAGUUUCCUGAUGGCAGUGGCAUCACAAACAUUGAGUGCCGCAACGGCCAGUGGGUGCACACCAAAACGGGGCUUUCCAAGCCCCCGGAUUGUGCCCCCACUUGUGCCCCUGCCUGCCAAAACGGAGGUCAAUGUAUAAGCUUCAAUGUCUGUCAAUGUUCGAAGAUGUUCCGGGGUGCCCAUUGUCAAUACAAUAUCCAGAGUUGCAAUGUGACAAAUACCAAUUUUAAUGGCAACUACAAGUGUGCCUAUGAAAUGGAGGAGGCUCGUUGCACAUUUAGCUGCCCUCAGGUACCGGGAUUGAAGAUCCAAGGGCGUAUUGACAUAGAGUACAAGUGCACCUAUCAGCAAGGACAAUAUCUUCCUGCACCACUACCAAAGUGCAUAUUCCCACCGGGGUACACCAUUCGCUCCACAUCGUCCACACACGGUGAAAUGCAUCAUGCGGGGGGAAGCUAUCAGCGCGGAAUGAGUGCGGAACUGGGCUACGAGAUCCGAACCGAACGCGAAAAGCUAUUGGCCUUGCUGGCCAAGUAUCGAGAUAUAGAAAGAAGAAGUGAAUGGUGGUCAUCGGAGGAAACUGUUGUCACCUUGAGCAGCUAUUCCCUGUACCAGAGCAAUGAUUUGGAUAUCGUCAUUGACAAAACCCCUCGACCAGCUCUUUGCACCACUUGGGGUGGCAUCAACAUGAAGACCUUCGAUGGAUUGGUGUUCAAGGCACCUCUUUCCUGCUCGCACACGCUGGUUACGGACAAAGUAUCGGGUACUUUUGAUAUUAUCUUAAAGGCUUGUCCUUAUGGCUCUGGCUAUGGUUGCGCACACACCCUCAAGAUUCUUUGGCAAUCCGUACUCUACACCUUCGAGAAUCUGAAUGGCACCAUGCAGCUGUCCACGCCCAUCAAGAAAUUGCCCAUGCCUGUGCAAGUAAUGGGCAUGAAAGUAAUGCCCGUGGCCCAGCAUGUUCAGAUCGAUCUGGAAUCCGUGGGCAUCAAACUGGACUGGGACCAUCAUCAGUAUGUGUCCGUGCAUGCCGGUCCCCAGAUGUGGGGAAAAGUUGGUGGUCUCUGCGGAUCCCUGGACGGUGACACCAACACGGACUUGUCCUCCAGGACGGGCAAGAAACUGGCGACUGUAAAGGCUUUCGCUGACGCCUGGCGCGUCGAGGAUCACAGUGAACUGUGCCAGGUGGAGAACAGUGCCGAGAUGGAGUUCGGCAUGGACUCCUGUGAGCAGACGAAGCUCCAGAAGGCUGUCUCCGUCUGCGAGCGUCUGUUGGCCAAUGAGAAGCUCGGCGAUUGCAUCAAACCCUUCAACUACGAUGCCUUGAUCCGCACCUGCAUGGCGGACUACUGCAAUUGUGCCAAUCGGGAGCAUCCGGAGAGCUGUAAUUGCGAUGCCAUCGCCAUGUUGGCCAAGGAAUGCGCCUUCAAGGGUAUCAAACUGGCUCAUGGUUGGAGGAACCUGGAAAUAUGUCCCAUCAGCUGUGGCUUUGGACGCGUUUAUCAGGCCUGCGGUCCCAAUGUGGAGCCCACUUGUGACUCGGACUUGGUCAUUCCCGCCACGAGGGGUGCCUGCAACGAGGGGUGCUUUUGUCCGGAGGGAACUGUCCAGUACAAGGAUGCUUGCAUCACCCGCGAACUUUGUCCGUGCUCGCUGCGCGGCAAGGAGUUUAAGCCGGAGUCGACGGUGAAGAAGAACUGCAACACGUGCACCUGCAAGAACGGCCAGUGGCGUUGCACGGAGGACAAAUGUGGCGCCCGCUGUGGGGCCAUUGGAGAUCCGCAUUAUCAGACAUUCGAUGGCAAGCGAUACGAUUUCAUGGGCAAGUGCUCGUACCAUCUGCUGAAGACGCAGAACAUGUCGGUGGAGGCGGAGAAUGUGGCAUGUUCGGGAGCCGUUUCGGAGGCCAUGAGUUUCGUGGCACCCGAUGACCCAUCCUGCACCAAGUCGGUGACCAUUCGAUUCAUUCUGCGUGAUGGUACUCCAUCGGUGAUUAAGUUGGACCAGGGCCUGACCACCAUGGUAAAUGACAAGCCUAUUGUGAAGCUGCCCAAGAUGCUGGGUCUGGGCGAAGUCCUCAUUCGACGCGCCAGUUCCACCUUCCUGACCGUGGAGUUUGCAGAUGGAAUUCGGGUUUGGUGGGACGGAGUUUCGAGGGUCUAUAUCGACGCCCCGCCCAGUUUGCGUGGCCAAACGCAGGGUCUGUGCGGAACCUUCAACUCGAACACACAGGAUGACUUCCUAACGCCCGAGGGUGAUGUGGAGACGGCCGUGGAGCCUUUUGCCGACAAGUGGCGCACCAAGGACACCUGCCAGUUCAAGGCCGAGACCCAUCAAGGACCUCAUCCCUGUACUCUCAAUCCGGAGAAAAAAGCCCAGGCGGAGAAGCACUGCGACUGGAUCCUGCAGGACCUCUUCCAGGACUGUCACUUCCUGGUGGAACCAGAGCAGUUUUACGAGGACUGCCUAUACGACACAUGCGCCUGCAAGGACGAUCUCUCCAAGUGUUUCUGCCCUAUUCUGUCGGCCUAUGGCACUGAGUGCAUGCGACAGGGCGUUAAGACCGGCUGGCGUAUGUCCGUUAAGGAGUGCGCUGUGAAAUGUCCCAUGGGCCAGGUGUUUGACGAGUGCGGCGAUGGCUGUGCCUUGUCCUGCGACGAUCUGCCCAGCAAAGGCUCCUGCAAGAGGGAGUGCGUCGAGGGAUGUCGUUGUCCGCAUGGAGAAUAUGUCAGCGAGGAGGGUGAAUGUGUGCCCAAGCAGAAGUGCCAUUGCUCGUUCGACGGCAUGUCCUUCAGGCCAGGCUACAAAGAGGUGCGCCCGGGCGUGAAGUUCCUGGAUCUUUGCACCUGCACGAAUGGCGUGUGGGAUUGCCAGGAUGCCGAGCCAGGUGACAAGGACAAGUACCCACCGUCGUCGGAACUGCGCUCAAAGUGUGCCAAACAGCCGUUCGCCGAGUUUACGAAGUGUGCCCCCAAGGAGCCGAAGACCUGCAAAAACAUGGACAAGUAUGUGGCCGAUUCUUCGGAUUGCCUUCCCGGAUGCGUCUGCAUGGAGGGCUAUGUCUACGAUACUUCCCGUCUGGCCUGCGUUCUGCCCACCAAUUGCUCCUGCCAUCAUGCCGGCAAGAGUUACGACGACGGGGAGAAGAUCAAGGAGGACUGUAAUCUGUGCGAGUGCCAGGCUGGCAAUUGGAAGUGCUCGAAGAAUGGCUGCGAAUCGACGUGCAGCGUCUGGGGAGAUUCGCACUUCACCACCUUCGAUGGCCAUGACUUUGACUUCCAGGGAGCCUGCGACUAUGUCCUGGCCAAAGGAGUUUUCGACAAUGGCGAUGGCUUCAGCAUAACCAUCCAGAAUGUUCUCUGCGGCACAAUGGGCGUGACUUGCUCCAAAUCUCUGGAAAUCACGCUGACUGGCCAAGCUCAAGAAUCGCUACUUCUAAGUGCGGAUUCUGCUUACAGCACUGAUCCCAAUAAGUCGCCUAUUAAGAAACUCCGAGACAGUGUGAAUUCGAAGGGUCACAAUGCCUUCCACAUUUACAAAGCUGGUGUUUUCGUCGUAGUGGAAGUGAUCCCACUGAAGUUGCAGGUGAAAUGGGACGAGUUCACGCGGGUUUAUGUAAAACUGGGCAACGAGUGGCGCCAGAAAGUCACUGGAUUGUGCGGCAACUACAAUGGCAACAGUCUGGAUGACAUGCAGACACCUUCGAUGGGUUUGGAGACCAGUCCGAUGCUCUUUGGCCACGCCUGGAAGUUGCAGCCCCACUGCACGGCUCCAGUGGCGCCCAUUGAUGCCUGCAAAAAGCACCCGGAACGCGAAACCUGGGCCCAACUCAAGUGCGGAGCUCUGAAGUCGGAUCUCUUCAAGGAGUGCCAUGCCGAGGUGCCCCUGGAGCGGUACUGGAAGCGCUGCAUCUUCGACACCUGUGCCUGCGAUCAGGGCGGCGACUGCGAGUGCCUCUGCACCGCCAUGGCUGCCUAUGCGGACGCCUGCGCCCAGAAGGGCAUCAAUAUCCGCUGGAGAUCCCAGCAUUUUUGCCCCAUGCAAUGUGAUCCCCAUUGCUCGGAUUACAAGGCCUGCACUCCGGCCUGUGCGGUGGAGACCUGUGACAACUUCCUCGAUCAGGGAAUCGCUGAGCGGAUGUGCAACCGGGAGAAUUGCCUUGAGGGUUGUCACAUCAAACCCUGCGACGAUGGAUUUAUCUAUCUGAACGACACAUACCACGAUUGCGUACCCAAGGCGGACUGUAAGCCAGUGUGUAUGGUCAGAGAGGGCAAGACAUUCUACGAAGGUGACAUUACCUAUACGGAUUCGUGUGCCACUUGCCGAUGCUCCAAGCGAAAAGAGAUCUGCAGCGGUGUGAAAUGUGAUGUUCCCGCGACGACAGGACGUCCUGCUCCUUUGAUUGAGGGCACCACGGUGCAGACUCCUCUGGCUACCCAAAAUCAGACCAAGUGCGUCAAGGGAUGGACUCGAUGGUGCGACAAGGAUCGGGACACCUCGGACAAGAGUGUCCGGCUGAACGAUGAGGAGAAGGUGCCUCGUUACGAUCGCAUGGAGAAUGUCUACGGCACCUGCCUCAAGCAAUACAUGAAAAAGGUGGAGUGUCGGGUGAAGGGAACCCACGAGGCUCCAGAACAAAUGGACGAGAAUGUGAUUUGCAAUUUGGAAGAGGGUCUGCGAUGCAUUGGAAAGUGCCACGACUAUGAACUGCGCGCCUUUUGCCAGUGCGACGAGGAACCCGAGGCCGUGACACCCAAGCCCACGGAAAAACCUCAACUCGGCCUUGGCUGCGAUGCUGCCAUUGUGGAGUACAAGGAGUUCCCCGGCGAUUGCCACAAGUUCCUGCACUGUCAGCCCAAGGGAGUCGAGGGUGGCUAUAUCUAUGUGGAACAGACCUGCGGGGAGUACAUGAUGUUCAAUCCCACGAUGUUUAUUUGCGAUCACAUAGCCACCGUCACAGAGAUCAAGCCCAGCUGUGGCCUGAAGCCAAAACCAGAGCCGGAGCUGGAGCCCAUUAAACAAUGUCCACCUGGAAAGAUAAAAUCGGAAUGUGCCAAUCAAUGUGAACACACCUGCCAUUACUAUGGCAGUAUCCUGAAAAAGAGAGGUCUCUGCCAAAUUGGUGAACACUGUAAGCCGGGUUGUGUGGACGAGCUGCGACCGGAUUGCCCCAAACUGGGAAAGUUUUGGAGGGAUGAGGACACCUGUGUUCAUGCCGACGAAUGUCCCUGCAUGGACAAGGCUGAGCACUAUGUCCAGCCUCAUAAGCCCGUGCUCGGGGAAUUUGAGGUUUGUCAGUGCAUCGACAAUGCCUUCACCUGUGUGCCCAAUAAGCAGGAGCCUGUUCCCAAGCCAGAUGGUGGUGAAGAGGAGUUGAAACCUUUGGUUCCCAUUUUCCCUGUUACCGUCACUCCACCGCUGCAAUGUUCACCAGAACGCCUCAUUGCCAAGAUAGAGAACACUGCACACUCAGAGCCUGACAGCAUUUUCAAUGCCAGUUCUCAGUUGGCCCCCGAACAUAGCCCGAAAAUGGCUCGUCUUACGAAAGAUCAUCCAAAGGGCAGUUGGUCACCCAGCAUCAACGACCAGAUGCAGUACUUGGAACUGAACUUUGGCAAACCAGAGCCCUUCUAUGGUGUAAUUAUGGCUGGUAGUCCUGGAUUCGACAACUAUGUGACCCUCUUUAAGAUCCUUCACAGUCAUGAUGGAGUUGCUUACCACUAUCUGGUGGACGAAACGGAAAAGCCGCAGAUGUUCAAUGGUCCCCUGGAUUCAAGGGCUCCGGUACAGACCCUUUUCAAGAUUCCCAUCGAAGCGAGCUCCCUUCGCAUUUACCCACUUAAAUGGCACGGCUCCAUUGCCAUGCGUGUGGAACUGCUGAUUUGCGGAGACAAGGUGGAUCCUCAUCCAGUGCCCACAGUGCCAACAAUCCCACCCGCCACAGAGCGACCAGCUCAACUGGUGGAUCAGGAGUGUAUUGAUCUGAUGGGCGUGGAUGAGGGAAAGAUGCACCAGGACCAGGUUCAAUCGAGCAGUUUAUGGCAGCAGCCCAAUCAGGGAAAGAAAUCACAGUUGUUGGAGCUACUUAAAUUGUCCACACCACUUGCCUGGCGACCACUCGCAAAUAGCCAAAACGAGUUCAUUGAGUUUGAUUUCCUGGAACCCCGGAACAUUUCCGGCUUUGUAACAAAGGGCGGUCCGGACGGAUGGGUCACCGGCUACAAGGUGCUGUUCUCCAAGAAGAAACCCACUUGGAACACGGUGCUCUCCACCAACGGACAGCCACGCAUUUUCGAGGCAAACAUCGAUGCAGAAACAGAACGCAAGCACCAUUUCAAGAAUCCCAUUCUGACGCAGUACAUCAAGAUUGUGCCGGCUUAUUGGGAGAGGAACAUUAAUAUGCGAAUUGAACCACUCGGAUGCUUCUUACCAUAUCCUGAAGUUCAACGUCAAGUGCCUGUUGAGGAGACAAAGCCAACAAAAUGCAAUGUCUGCGAUGGCGUGACUACCACGAGUUCAAGCUCCGAAUGCCAGUGUAGGGAUCAGCUCUUCUGGGAUGGCAGUAACUGCGUCCAGCACAAUCUGUGCCCUUGCAUCGAGAACUAUGUUAGCUAUCCGAUAGGCAACAAGUUCGAGAACUCGGCCUGCGAAGAAUGUGUUUGCGUGCUUGGUGGCCAUAAGAAUUGCAAGCCCAAGAAGUGUCCACCCUGUCAGGACUCGAAGUUGCGUCCAGUGAUCACCAGCGACUGCUUCUGUAAGUGCGAGUCCUGUCCCAAACAUCAAAGACUGUGCCCCUCCAGCGGAGAUUGCAUCCCGGAGAUUCUCUGGUGCAACGGAGUGCAGGACUGUGCCGAUGACGAGGAUGCCAGCUGCAGUGACUCCUUCACCGUGGAGCCCGAAAUCAAUCGGGAAAAGAAUGAGACUGAAGUCAUCACAUGUCCCGUGCCCGUCUGCCCGCCUCAGAUGAAGAUUAAAAUAACGGAGAAGAAGUCCAGAAAGAUGUCCAAGAUGUUCACCUUCUCGAAACAGGUGUCGAUCGUGGACGACGGCCAGACUAUCACCAAGACCAAGUUCAUCUCGUCGAAGGAACAGAUUCUGGCCAUGCCCAGUCAGGAAUUGGACUACCAGCAGGAGGAGCAGUGCGACGAGUUCACAUGUGUGCCCAUUCCCAACAAGCAAGUGGACAAGAACGAGACGGUCACAUGCACGGAACCAAAGUGUCCGGAGAAGUACGAUGUGGAGCUGGACAUGAGCACGGCCAAGGUGGGCGACUGCCUCAGAUACACCUGUGUCCUGCGACCCAACAAGGACGAUGUGUGUGAGAUUAGCGGCAAGAGCUUCACCACAUUUGAUGGCACCGUCUUCAAGUACGGACCCUGCAGCCACAUCCUGGCCAGAGACAUUCACAAGAGCAGUUGGUCUAUAUCGGUCCAUCAGCAAUGUAGUGAUGAGACCCGCAAAGUUUGUCACAAAGUGAUCACCAUUCAGGACACCGAGGCCGGCAACGAAUUGAUUCUCCUUCCGCACAUGAAGCUCAAGUUCAAUGGCUUUGAGUUCACAGUGCAGCAGCUAAUAAACUCGCCCAUUUGCAAGGCUUCGUUUGUGGUCUCCCAGCCGGGCAAGACCCUGCUGGCCGUGUCCACCAAAUAUGGCUUCUGGGUGCAGCUGGACGACAUCGGAAUCGUCAAGGUGGGCAUCUCAUCCAAGUUCAUGCGCACGGUCGACGGUCUGUGUGGCUACUACAAUGGAAAUCCAAAGGAUGACAAGAGAUCGCCGGAUGGUCAAAUCAUUGCAAAUACCGAAAGGUUCGGCGAUAGUUGGUAUGACAAGCGAAUUCCGAAGGACCAAUGUGGCGAUCUCAAGUGCUCCAGGGAGAUGCAGGCAAAGGCCUUGCAACUCUGCAACAUUAUUCAUCAUCCAACCUUUGCUCGUUGCCACAAGGCCGUCAAUUACAAGCAGUUCCUCAACAAUUACUGCCUGGAAGCUGCCUGCAACUGCAUGACGGCUAACAAUGGGGAUCCAGCCGCCUGCAAGUGCAACAUUUUGGAGAGCUUUGUGAAGAAGUGCCUCAGCGUGAAUCCGCUCGUUCAGUUGACCACCUGGAGAGCCGUGGCCCAGUGCGAGAUCAAUUGUCCCGCUCCGUUGGUUCACACGGACUGUUACAAGCGACGCUGUGAGCCCUCGUGCGACAAUGUCCAUGGCGACGACUGUCCCGUGCUGCCAGAUGCCUGCUUCCCGGGCUGCUACUGUCCGGAGGGAACUGUCCGCAAGGGACCCAACUGUGUGCCCAUAUCCGAGUGCAAGGACUGUGUGUGCAAUGCCCUGGGUGCCUCCAAGUACAUGACCUACGACCGCAAGAGCUUCAGCUUCAAUGGCAACUGCACAUAUCUGCUGUCGCGUGAUGUGGUUCUUCCCGGAGUGCACACGUUCCAAGUGUACGCCACCAUGGACGACUGCAAGAAGCUGGGACAGCCGACUCCAGUGGAGGGCGGCAGUUGCGCCAAAUCUUUGCACAUCUUGAAUGGAGAUCAUGUGAUCCAUGUGCAGCGUGUUCCGCAGAAACCCAAAUCCCUGCAGGUUCUGGUCGAUGGAUUCGAGGUCAAGCAGAUACCCUACAAGGACAGUUGGAUAAGUCUUCGUCAAGUGGUGGGCAAGGAGCUGGUGCUCUCCCUUCCCGAAUCCCAUGUGGAGCUGACGGCCUCUUUCGAGGAUUUGAUAUUCUCCUUGGGCGUGCCAAGUAUCAAGUAUGGCAGCAAGAUGGAGGGUCUCUGUGGUGAUUGUAAUGGAAACGCAUCCAAUGAUCUUCAGCCCAAUCCGGCAAAGAAAAAGGCAGGAGUGGAUGUGAUCCAGAGUUGGCAGGCGGAUGAGCCGAAACUUGGUUUGGUGGAGGAGUGCCUCAGCGAGGAUGUGCCCAAGGAGCAGUGCAUUCCCCUGCCGCCGGAGAAGGAUCCCUGCCUGCAGUUCUACAAUGCCGACCUCUUCGGCAAGUGCCCCCUGGCCGUGGAUCCCAUUUCGUACGUUUCCGCCUGUCAGCAGGACAUCUGCAAGCCGGGAAACACCCAGCAGGGAGUUUGUGUGGCCCUGGCAGCCUACGCCAAGGAAUGCAACCAGCAUGGAAUUUGCACCAACUGGAGAAGACCUCAGCUCUGUCCCUUCGAGUGCCCCAGCGACAUGGUCUACGAGCCAUGUGGCUGUGCCAAGAACUGCGAUACCAUCAAGGCCAUGUCCGAGUUCGAUGCAGUGAGCCUCAAAAACCAGGCCGUCGUCCACACCGUCAAGAGUGAUGAGAUGUGCUUGAGUUCGGAGCGUUUCGAGGGCUGUUUCUGUCCCGCCGGAAAGGUAAUGGAUGGCGGCAAGUGUGUCCCCGAAUUAGCCUGCACGAAGUGCGACGAUGGCGUCCACUUGCCUGGCGACAAAUGGCAGAAGGACAAGUGCACCGAAUGCCAAUGCGAUCCGAAGGGCAAGAGCUCGUGUGUGGAGAAGAAAUGCCAGGUGGAGGAGAACAUCUGUGCCGAGGGCUACAAGCCGGAGACCAUUGUCAGCGUGCAGGAGUGCUGUCCCAGGUAUCGCUGUGUUCCGGAAACCAAAGACCCGGCCAAGCUGUGUCUAUCUCCUCUGAUGCCCAUCUGCGGACCCGGGCAGUUCAAAAAGCAGAAGAUGGACGUGAACGGCUGUCCCCAGUAUAUAUGCGAGUGCAAGCCCAAGAGUGAGUGUGAGAUUGUUAAGCUGCGGGAACUGCUACCAGGCGAGGUCAUUGUUAAGAUCGAUGAAGGCUGCUGCCCCACUCAAAAGAUUGAAUGCAAGCCGGAGUUGUGUCCACAGGCACCAAUCAACUGCAAGGAACGGUUUUACGAAGUCAAGACUGUCAAGGAAAACGGGAUGUGUUGCCCCAUUCACAAAUGUGUACCUCCCAAGGACCUGUGCAUUGUUCAAUACGAGCUCGAUGAGACCUCAAAGUUCACCAAACCAGUGGGUGAUAAAUGGACGCAUGCCAAGGACGUGUGCAAACAGGAGACAUGUUCCUACGGUCCGGAUGGCAAUGCCCAAGUGGUCAGCACUUUGGAGCAGUGUUUGACGGAUUGUGCCCCCGGCUUUAGCUAUCAGAACUUGAACACCAAGAAGUGCUGUGGCAAGUGUGUCCAGACCUCUUGUAUUUUCGAACAAAAACUAUACGAAGUCAAUGCGCAAUGGAAAUCGGCCGAUAAUUGCACUAGCUACAGCUGUCUCAAGAAGGAUGGACAGUUUUUGGUAACCACCUCGAAUGAAGUUUGCCCGGAUGUGGGUAGCUGCCUGUCCCAUCUCCUAUAUCAAGAUGGCUGUUGCAAGCGAUGCAAAUCGGAACCUCUGGUGGAGGACAAAUCCACGUGUUUGCCUGUUUCUCUGGCCGAAUCGCGAACGAAGGAGAUCCUUAAGUUCCCUGUUCCAGGACAUGGCUCCUGUGUGAAUGCCGAUCCCAUUCAGGGAUUCACCGACUGCGAGGGUGCCUGCUCCUCCGGAUCCAAGUACAACACACUCACCGACAUGCACGAAAAGUUCUGUACCUGCUGCAGCAUCAAAUCCUAUCAACCGAUCUCAGUGAAAAUGAUUUGCCAGGAUGGCCACACGUUUACACAAAAGCACGAGGUGCCCUCCAAUUGCGGAUGCUCGCCAUGCUCGGAAUUCGCAGACACCGCGAUCGAUGUGAGGAUGCAGCCGGAUGUGCAGUCGCCGCUACUGAACUUACUCGGCAACCAUUACACUAAUAAAUUCAAGACAGUCAUUUGACUAGAUUUAAGUCUAUCGAACAUUUGUAAUAAAAAUUUU